UCCUCCUCCUGACUCCUAGGGCGCCGCUAAGUUUCUUAGCUCCGGACCGCGCCGCGGGCUGUGUUCCCGUUGCCCGGUUCUCACGCACAGAUCCCGGGCCUGGCCCUGGGCCCUUCGAGACCAUGCUGUGCGGUGGCUGGAAAAGGAGUCGCCGCUCGCCGGAGGAAUCCCGGGUGUCCGCCCAGGUCGCAGCGCCCCUCGCGUUCCCGCCCUCGCCCGCGUCGUCGGACAGCAGCACCAAAAGGCCUGGGCUACGGGCACUGAAGAAGAUGGGCCUGACGGAGGAUGAGGAUGUCCAAGCCAUGCUGCGGGGCUCCCGACUCCUCAAGAUCCGCUCACGCACGUGGCACAAGGAGCGGCUGUACCGGCUGCAGGAGGACGGCCUGAGCGUGUGGUUUCAGCGGCGCAUCCCUCGCGCAGCUUCUAAGCACAUAUUCUUCGUGCAGCACAUCGAGGCUGUCCGGGAGGGUCAUCAGUCGGAGGGCCUGCGGCGCUUCGGGGGCGCCUUCGCGCCAGCGUGCUGCCUCACCAUCGCCUUCAAGGGCCGCCGCAAGAACCUGGACCUGGCAGCGCCCACUGCGGAGGAGGCACAGCGCUGGGUGCGAGGACUGGCCAAGCUGCGGGCGCGCCUGGAUGCCAUGAGCCAGCGGGAGCGCCUAGACCAUUGGAUCCAUUCCUAUCUGCACCGGGCCGACUCCGACCAAGACAGUAAGAUGAGCUUCAAGGAGAUCAAGAGCCUGCUGAGGAUGGUGAACGUGGACAUGAACGACAUGUACGCUUACCGCCUCUUCAAGGAGUGUGACCAUUCCAACAACGAGCGUCUAGAGGGGGCCGAGAUAGAGGCGUUCCUGCGGAGGCUGCUAAAGCGGCCUGAGCUGGAGGAGAUCUUCCGCCGGUACUCCGGUGAGGACCGGGUGCUGAGUGCCUCUGAGCUGCUGGAGUUCCUGGAAGACCAGGGCGAGGAUGGUGCCACCCUGGCCUGUGCCCAGCAGCUUAUCCAGACUUAUGAGCUCAAUGAGACAGCCAAGCAGCACGAACUGAUGACGCUGGAUGGCUUCAUGAUGUAUCUGUUGUCGCCUGAGGGGGCCGCCCUGAACGUGGCCCACACGUGUGUGUUCCAGGACAUGGGUCAGCCCCUCGCCCACUACUUUAUCUCGUCCUCUCACAAUACCUACCUGACGGACUCUCAGAUCGGAGGGACCAGCAGCACAGAGGCUUAUAUUAGGGCCUUUGCCCAGGGAUGCCGCUGUGUGGAACUUGACUGCUGGGAGGGGCCGGGAGGGGAACCUGUCAUCUACCAUGGCCACACGCUCACCUCCAAGAUCCUCUUUCGAGAUGUGAUCCAGGCUGUGCGUGACCACGCUUUCACGUCGUCCCCAUAUCCUGUAAUCCUAUCCCUCGAGAACCACUGCGGGCUGGAACAGCAGGCUGUCAUGGCUCGCCACCUUCGAAGCAUCCUGGGAGACAUGCUGGUGACACAGGCCCUGGACUCCCAGAACCCCGAGGAGCUGCCAUCUCCUGAGCUCAAGGGCCGGAUCUUGGUGAAGGGGAAGAAGCUGCCAGCUGCUCGGAGUGAGGAUGGUCGAAUUCUGUCAGACAGGGAGGAGGAAGAGGAGGAGGAAGAGGAGGCGGAAGAGGCCUUGGAAGCUGCAGAGCAGAGGAGUCGAGCCAAGCAGAUCUCCCCAGAGCUCUCAGCGCUGGCUGUGUAUUGCUGUGCUACCCGCCUGCGGACCCUGGAUCCCAGUCCUGGCCCGCCUCAGUCUUGCACGGUUGGCUCCCUCAGCGAGCGCAAGGCCAGGAAGUUCACCAGGGAGGCAGGGACCAGCUUUGUCAGGCACAACACUCAGCAACUGACCCGAGUGUACCCACUGGGGCUGCGGAUGAACUCAGCCAACUAUAACCCCCAGGAGAUGUGGAACUCCGGCUGUCAGCUGGUGGCUCUGAACUUUCAGACUCCUGGUUAUGAGAUGGACCUCAACACAGGGCGCUUCCUCAUAAACGGGCAAUGUGGCUACGUCCUCAAACCUGCUUACCUCAGGCAACUCAACACCACCUUUGACCCUGAGUGCCCUGGACCCCCCAGAACUACUCUGGCAAUCCAGGUGUUAACGGCCCAGCAGCUACCCAAGCUGAACGCAGAGAAGCCCAGCUCCAUUGUGGAUCCUCUGGUGCGCGUGGAGAUCCACGGGGUGCCCGAAGACUGUGCCCAGAAGGAGACAGACUACGUCCUCAACAAUGGCUUCAACCCCUGCUGGGAGCAGACUCUGCAGUUCCGACUGCGGGCCCCAGAGCUGGUGCUGGUCAGGUUUGUGGUAGAAGAUUAUGACACCACCUCUCCCAAUGAUUUUGUGGGCCAGUCUACACUGCCUCUCAGCAGCCUGAAGCAAGGGUACCGCCACAUCCACCUGCUGUCCAAGGAUGGAGCCUCGCUCGCUCCAGCCACGCUCUUCGUGCACAUCCGCAUUCAGAACUCUUGAGGGCGUCACUGACUUAACCCUAACAUCAGCAGGGCUGGCGUCGUGGCACGGAGCCCUCUCUGGAGCACAAGACCAUGGGAGUCCCAGCCCCUCACACCAGGUCCCUGUCUGGGUCACCAGGUGCUGUGCACACCUGGGUGCUAGGAGCUGUUUGGUUGCUCAGUGAGAGAGAGGACCAUGAUUGGUGUCCUGACCAGUGGAUUUCAGGGGCCUCCAACCUUGGGGCUCUGAGGUGGUCUCAGAUUCCCUGGUCAACUUGAGGAGCAGGACACGUGUCCUUCUGCCCUCCAGCGGGGCCAUCGUAACCUUCAUCCCUGAGAAGGGCACAGCCACCUUCACUGCCUCCUUUCAGGGUGAGCAGAACCCCAGAGCCUCCUUCCCCUUAGAAGGGACUUUUCUGGCUUCUCCUUCCCUUUCUGUCUCAGGCAGGUGGGGAGCAGCUGAGCCCUGGGAGAAACCUGGCAGUAGGUUUGUAACUUGUGUUAUAGAAGAGCCCAAGAGGGCAGAAGAGUAACUAUUUAAAAAAAAAAAGUAAAGAAAAAGUGUACCUUUCCACUUUAUUCCCCAGGCCCAUGGGGAGAGGGACAGGCUAGAGUGGGGGCCUCAGGCCUCUCCUCCCAGUGGGACACACACACACACACAGAGCCUUAAAUGGAGAGGAGAAGGCCCAGCCAAGGUACAUUCCAAAGGCAGGGCCUAGCAAAAUAGCAGGGUAUGGCCACCAUGACAGAGUGGCAAACACCAGCUGAUAGGAUCUGAGCAAGUCCUACCUGUCAGGAUUUAAUGGGCCUCCAACAGCAUUGAUGGGACUGUCAGGCUGUGAACAUUUUAGGUUCCACAGGACAACAGUACUAGCAAUGGGCAAGGGCAAAGCCAUUUUCCCACAGGGUGUCUUGGGGUUGGGUAUGCACUGGCUCUAAGCCACCCCAACCCCCAAGCCAGGGAGUGCUGGCUUCUUCCUGCUUUCUGGUCUUAGGGAGAGGCCUUUGCUUCUCUGAUGGAUUUGUGUGUUUAAAAAAAUGAUCAGGAUCUGUAGCAAAGGACAGGCAAAGCAGGCAGACUGCGGCCCCCGGGUUGGACAACAUGAGCCAAGUCCAGUUGGGGUGUGCUAGCUAUACAAGAUUGGAAGGGGGCUGGGAAGAUGGUGCGAUAGGAGUACUGACUGCUCUUCUGAAGAUACUGAGUUCAAAUCCCAGCAACCACAUGGUGGCUCACAACCACCCAUAAUGAGAUCUGACUCCCUCUUCUGGUGUCUGAAGACAGCUACAGUGUACUUUACAUAUAACAAUAAAUCAGCUUAAAGAAAGAAAAAAAGAUUGGAAGGACUGGGAUGGGUAAUCUCCAGAGGAAGACAGUAAGACAUAAAUGCAGGUGACAGGGCCUGCUCACCUGUCAUGUUAGAAAGCUCCCUGAAGAGCCUUUGCCACGCAGGGCAGGCUUGAGUCCCGAGGUCAAUCCACAGUCCUGCAGCAUGCAUGCCUCAGCUGUGCCCGGUGGGAGAGGCCCUUAACCUCUCUAUUUAGGAGGCUCAAACAAGGCCAGCUGAGUUUCAGGGCCAGCCUUGGAAACCUAGUGAGACUAUCUCAAAUAAAAAGUAUAUCGGCA